AUGAGUAAUCCUAUUUUCAUUAAAAGCAACAAGCCCAAAAAGUUGUCAUUGGAUAAAAUUGGACAGUUGGAAGAUGAUUUAGAAACCAACCCUCUAGACUACAACAAAUGGACUAAGUAUUUGGAUUAUGUGGUUGCCAAAGAUAACCAAGAACAGGUCAGGAAAGCUUUUGAAAGAUAUCUUGAUAUAUUCAAGUUUGAUGGAGUUCAAUGGAACAAAUACAUAAAAUAUGAACUCAGCAGGGGAGAAAAGGAGAAGGCGGAGGCACUUUUUCAAAAAUGUUUUGCCAUUACAGAGAAUGUCGACUUGUGUCGUCUGUAUGUUGACUAUGUGCGAAGUGUGACCGAUAUGAUUACCGGGGGUGACAAAGCAAGAGGAACAAUCAUUCAAGCUUUUGAAUUUGCCGUUGAAAAGACUGGUAUAGACGUUCAAAGUGAUGGAUUAUGGCAAGACUACAUCAAUUUUAUCAAAUCAUGGACCCCUGGUGCCAAUUGGGAACAACAACAAAAGAUAGAUUUGAUUCGUAAAGUGUACAAGAAGGCUCUAGUCAUUCCCACCGAAAACAUCGAAACCUUAUGGUCGCAAUAUACGAGGUGGGAAAAUGAGCUCAAUCAAGCAACAGCACAGAAGUUUGUGUCCGAAAAAUCGGCUGAAUUUAUGGCCGCUCGUUCGUGGAACACAGAAUGGCAGAACCUUACUAAAAAGAAAUUGAAACGGUCUAUAAACCCACAUGGUAUAGACAACGAGACAGUGGAGGCCCAAAUGAAAUACUGGGCAAGCUGGUUACUAUUGGAGAAGAAAAAUUCAUUGCAAAUAAAGGAUGAAGACUUGCUUCAGAAACGAAUAAAUUAUGUUUACAAGGAAGCUACCUAUGCUCUACCUUUUGUGCCGCAGCUUUGGUUUGAAUAUGUAAAACAUUUGUUAAACGAUAACGAAGAAAGCAACUUGAGUAAUUGCAUUUCUAUACUAAACGAAGGUUUAAAAUUAAAUCCUAAGAGCUUGCUUCUCUCCUUUCAACUAGCCGAAUUGUACGAAAAGGAUAAUUCUUUUGAUAACGCCAAGGUAGUCUAUGACCGAGUCAUUUCAAAUUUGAGUCAGGAUCAUAAAACAGUUUCAGAGAUGUUGGAUGAGUUGUAUGAGCGGAUCAAACCAAAGAUGGAGGACACGAAUGGGGAUGAGGAAAUAGAGGAGGAAGAUGAAAGCAAAACGGGUGGCAAUGAUAAAAGCAACGGCGUUUCCAAUGGUGAUCUGAGUGGGCAUGGACUUCCCACUCUUCCUCGUAGGCAGAACAUACCUAGCUUACCUCAAAUCCCAAAUAAUUUGGCACCUGUACCUAACACAGAUGAUUCUCCUACAAACGCUUCGGAACAAGCAAAUUCAGGACUAUCGGGGCUGGAGUUGAGGACAUUAAUGAAAUUGAAGAAAGAGCGCGAUCAAUUGGUUGAUGAGAUUACACUUACCUAUGUCAAAUUUAUGGUUGCAAGCAAAAGAGCCGAGGGGAUGAAAGAGGCUAGAGAUGUAUUUCGCCAGGCUAGAAAGAAUGAAUCAGUCGGAUACCAGAUCUAUAUUGAAAACGCUUUGUUGGAGCAUUAUGCUGAUAACAAGAAAACUGCUUUAAAAGUAUUUGGUGUUGGCCAAAAAGCAUUUCCCACGAAUGGAAGGUUUUUGUUGAAGUUCUUGGAUUACUUAAUUAUGACCAAUGAUGUUGACAAGCUAAGAAGUACCAUACAAAGCUCUGACACAAACAUUUCAAAAGAGAUAUCUCAGAUUACAGAGGAGCUAACCCUAGAUAGCUUGGAUCCAAUACUCAAGGAAGAAAAGGAGCAAAAGCUCAACUUGCAAAAGACCUAUUUGAAGAGAUUGUACAAAAAGUAUAUCUCGUUUUCGGCAAACCAUUUGUCCUUAGAUAUAACAAGUAGUUUUGCCAAAAAGUAUGAACAAUUGUUUCCAGAAGAUGACCCGAUCGAUUUAUUUACUGACAGGUACAAACUUGAAGAUAUCAACAUUAUCAAGAGAAAUGAACUCAAUCAAGACGAUCCGGAUGAUUACAUUGCUCAAGCAAGAAAAAGGCGUAAGGUGUCGUUCAAUUUUGAUGGUAUUGAUUCUAAGUCUGCUGUACAAAGCAUACAGGAAUCAAGCCGCAGAGAACAGGAGGUAAUUCAAGAAGAGCAACUGAAUGAUUCAUCAUUCGUAGGUCCCUCAAUUGUGGCUUUGAUGUCUGCCUUGCCCAAUGCCUCAUAUUUUGGAUUACCCUCGGAGAGUGUUUUCAAUAGUGACAAGUUGAUUACAUUGUUUUCCAAUUUAUCCAACUUGGCGUAA